AUGGAAAUUCAAAUAGAAAACUCACGGCUGCUUAAAUUUUACCAAAUAUUUUUCCUUCAGCUGAACAAACUUGUGUCUCUGAUUGACCCAAAAACAAUUUUAAGCCUUUUAUCUAACGUUUCCCCUGACAUUGUAUCCGAAAUUGAGUCUUCAGCUACAGAAAAUAUCCGAGCUUUUAUGAAAAUUUCCAAACAAAAUUUUGAAGCUUUUUUAUUAAAAUAUGACAUUCCACAAAUGCUGGAUAAAUUAGAAUUUAAAGAAAUCGAGAAUAAUCUGAUUGAGGAAUGCAAUGUGACAUCAGAAGCCGCUGAAAUUCUGAGAAGUGUGUUUAGUGGAAAAGAAGCAAGUUUUCCUCAAGCAAGAAUUGGGCUUGAAAGAUUUGUGGAGCAAGCUAAAUUAGAAUUGAAAAGGGUAAGGGAAGAAAAUUAUUUAUUGGAGAGAAAAAGAGAAAAUUUAUAUGACGAAAUUAAUGAACUGAGGCAAAUCGUAUUGGAAAAAUGCAAUAAUUAA